GGGGUUUAUCUAGGGUUUGAGCCAAAUGCUCUCGGCGCGCAUUGCUUACUGCGGCAGCGUCGAGGCGAGGGUGCGAUCGCGAAUCCAUGUCCGGUGCUUUGCGAAGAUCAGCUCCUCGGUGCCUCCAUUCUCGGCGGUGAAAUUCCCUGCGCCAGAGCCCGGCGGCUAUGGCGAGAUAUCCUACUGGGACAAGCGCUACGCGGAGCAACCCGAUGCUACGCUCGAUUGGUUCUCGGAUUACUCCAGAUUCGAGCCGAUUGUCCGUAAGCACAUCCCCAAAUCUUCCCGGGUUUUGAUGGCUGGGUGUGGCAAUUCAGCAAUGUCUAACGAUAUGGUGGAAGAUGGCUACCAGGAAAUCGUCAACACCGAUCUAUCUUCGGUGGUGAUUGACAACUUCAAAGCUAGAUAUGCUCACGUUCCUCAGCUAUCUUACGUGGCAAUAGAUUCACGGGACAUGAGUGCGUUUCAAGACUGUUCCUUUGACGCGAUCAUUGACAAAGGCCUGGCCGACGCCAUGCUAUGUGGAGUUGAUCCGGCCGAAGGCGUUCUAGAAAUGCUAAGAGAGACUUACAGGAUUUUGAGACCACAAGGAGUGUUUAUGCUGAUCACAUACGGCCACCCUGAAAUACGAAUGCCGGCGUUGCUGGAACCAGGAUUGAAAUGGUCCAUCCUUCUAUACGCCUUGGCCAAGCCCGGCACUGAGAAAGCCGUAAUGGAAACUAUUGAGGGAGUAACUCCAGAUUCACUGCCCAUUGACGAGCGCAACUGGUCUCUCGGCUUGGAAGAUUUUGGGGGUGACAAAGGAAUGACCUUUGUCUACGUAUGCUCAAAACCUAAUGAAGCAGAUAAGUAAUAUAUUUAACAAACUUUACUAGCUAAAGUAUUUAUCUAACCACAUUUAUAACUAAUUACCUUUUCCCA